GAAAUUAAAGAUUCAACUGAAUCCCGUUAGCAUCGGAAGGGGCUGGGCUUGGACCGGCUUCUCGAAGGUGACAGCUUGAACUACGCUUUAAGGGAGGAAGAUCCCCUUUUCUCGGUCUUCUCUAGUUCUAUUUAGCUACCCUGAUCCCAUUUUCAUGGGCUGGCGCCAGCCCUCCGGGAAGUUCCAGUUACCCUGUCAGUCCAACCGCGGGUCUCCCGCCGAUUCACCAGCCGUUUGUUUUUCCCAUCCCGUAUCCCCGCGAGCCCAGUUCAGUGAGGCAGGCCCCAUAACUGCUGCCAAGGCCCCUUGAUCUGGCUUCUUGGUUGUCACUCUGUGCGGGCAAAGACACUGCACCCCGGUUCCGAGGAGACAGCACAAACGGAGUGGACAAAUACUUGAACCAAAGGCAGAUCCAAAGUCAUGUUUUUUCCAGCUGCAUUCUUCAGUUCCAGAGGCACAAUUAUUGCCCGAAUAAUAAAAGAAGCUACUAGUUUCAGUGGUCAAGUGACCACUCAGUAAGUAAUCAACUAUAUGGGCAUUCCAGGGCAACGAAGAGUCUAUGAAUGCUGUGGGGAACCUUUCCUGUGUCCGAGAAGUGGCAGCAUCUCCAGGGCAAGGUUUGCAGACCCUUUAGAAUCUCGUCUCCAUUUUCCCCAGCCCUCAGGACUGCAUUAGAAAAGGAACCCAUUCACAAGCUCUGGCCUAGCCCUGUCAAGUCAAGGGGCUGGUCUAUGGAGGCUGCUUUUUUGCUAGCUAAGAGGCAUCUGUCUAUCAUUCAGUACGAUGUGUUCUACAAACUGUACUCAUUGCCUGGGGGCGACGCUCCUGCAUAUGGCUAUCUUAAGUAUGAUACUUAAUAUUCUCCUCUUCUUCCCUGCAAUGCAACGAGUAUCAAUUGACAAAAUACCUAAUGAGGCCUGGAGGUUUGGAGGACUUUUGGGAAGUGGGGUCAUGAUAUUUUUCCCUGCUACUCUAUACUUAAGGAUGAAAAAACUUGACUGCUAUGGAUGUGUUAUCAAUAUACUUUGUGUGAAGUCACUUUCAAGUGGGAAUGCUGCAUUAUUUUCUUGUGUUGGAAUCCUAGGAUCAUCAUAUGGAUUAUUUGUGGCAUUGUUUGCUAUUUAUAAGGGUCCCAAAUGUUUUGUAGGAGGUGACAAAUGGGAAUAUCCCUUCCAUAAAGGGAACUAUCUAGUCGAUUUGAACUAUUGGAAAGACUGCAUAAGUCCCCCUCAUAUUAUACCCUGGCACUUGACUAUUUGCAUCGUUCAGGUGCUAGUAAGUAGUGCUCAGUUGGCAAUAUGCACCUGUGGGCUGAUGUUUGCUCUCUUAGGAACACUUUUUAAGUCAGAAAAGUGCCCAUGGUCACACAAGGAGGCACAGACCAAUCAAAACCUUGUGGUGGACUCUUCAUAACAUUCUACUAUGCUCACAGAAGAUCUAAGAAUACUUCUUUUUCAUCAUCAUUGGAAAAUCCUGCUGCUUUCUCAUCCAUGCAACAACCUUUUUGGAUUUCAACUCAAGUUAAAAAUCACAUGUUCAAAAAGGAUCAAUAAACUAUUGUCCAAGAACAAGACAUGAAA